AGCGAGAAAAGCAAAAUCUCCCCAUCAGCAGCGUGUUGCUCCUCCCUGCCAGCCAGGUGAAUACGAUGUCGCGUAUAGCGGAGGAUCAAGUGGUCGAGUUUUCACUUGAAGAGAUCCAAUCGGUGAAGUUUCAAACUUCGAGGACUCUUUUGGGGAGGUUAUUUUUGGAAACCAAAUUCACUCCUAUUGAGCUAAGGAAUGGC